GCCGCUGCCCAGCCGCUAUCGCAGAGUGGAGCGGGGCUGCGAGCGAAGCUCUGAGGAAGCUCGGUCUUACCGCAGCCUCGCACCUGCAGCCCCGCGACCCCGCCGCCCACCUCAGAGAACCAUGGCGUCUGGCAAUACUCCUGCCAGUGAGGAGGAGCGCAGCCUCCGGGAAUGUGAACUCUACGUCCAGAAACACAACAUUCAGGCACUGCUCAAGGAUUCUAUUGUGCAGUUGUGCACCGCUCGACCAGAGAGACCCAUGGCCUUCCUUAGGGAGUACUUUGAGAGGUUGGAGAAGGAGGAGGCAAAACAGAUUCAGAAUCUGCAGAAGGCAGGCACCCGUACAGACUCAAGGGAUGAUGAAAUCUCUCCUCCUCCCCCCAACCCAGUAGUUAAGGGUCGACGGCGACGGGGUGCUAUCAGCGCUGAAGUCUACACAGAGGAAGAUGCUGCAUCCUAUGUUAGAAAGGUUAUACCAAAAGAUUAUAAGACAAUGGCUGCUUUAGCCAAAGCUAUUGAAAAGAAUGUGCUGUUUUCACAUCUUGAUGAUAAUGAGAGAAGUGAUAUUUUUGAUGCUAUGUUUCCAGUUUCCUUUAUUGCUGGAGAGACAGUAAUUCAGCAAGGUGAUGAAGGGGAUAACUUCUACGUGAUUGAUCAAGGAGAGAUGGAUGUCUAUGUCAACAAUGAGUGGGCAACUAGUGUUGGGGAAGGAGGGAGCUUUGGAGAACUUGCUUUGAUUUAUGGAACACCUAGAGCAGCCACUGUCAAAGCAAAGACAAAUGUCAAACUGUGGGGUAUUGACCGAGACAGCUAUAGAAGAAUCCUUAUGGGAAGCACGCUGAGAAAGCGAAAGAUGUAUGAAGAGUUCCUUAGUAAAGUGUCUAUUUUAGAGUCUCUGGACAAGUGGGAACGUCUCACAGUAGCUGAUGCACUGGAACCAGUCCAGUUUGAAGAUGGGCAGAAGAUUGUGGUUCAGGGAGAACCAGGGGAUGAGUUCUUCAUUAUUUUAGAGGGGACUGCUGCUGUGCUACAGCGCCGGUCAGAAAAUGAAGAGUUUGUUGAAGUGGGAAGAUUGGGGCCCUCUGAUUAUUUUGGUGAAAUCGCACUGCUGAUGAACCGUCCACGUGCUGCCACGGUGGUUGCGCGCGGUCCCUUGAAGUGUGUUAAGCUGGAUCGACCUCGAUUUGAGCGUGUCCUUGGCCCGUGCUCAGAUAUUCUCAAACGAAACAUCCAGCAGUACAACAGUUUCGUGUCACUCUCUGUCUAAGUCUGCCUCCUGUGUCUGUGGCUCUCUUUCCUCCUUUCCCAGUCCAUGCUACACUCAUGCAGACUGCUUUGUUUUCCCUGUUUGCAGCACCAAGUGGCCACUGGCAUCAAAGCUUCUUGUCUCUUUAUAUUAAAAGUUGCUUUUAUUGCACCAUUUUUAAUUUGGAGCAUUAACUGAAUGCUUGUUACAAAUAAAUAGAAAGAGUUCUGUGGA